GUUGAUGAGAGGCCCGCGAGAAGUUGAAACAUCCGCCCCAACCAACAACUGAUAUCCUUUGAGGGAAAGAUUGUAGCUUUUCUUGUUGCUGUUGGCCUCGUCUUGAAUUAGGAGAAGAAAAAGAAGGAGCUGAAAUUUGUUUAGAAAUUGCAUGUGUUUUCAGAGUGUGACAUUUUUAUGGAUUGUGUGCUAUUUUUGUAGAAAGAGAGAGAGAGCAAGUGGUUGGUUGUUUCUGUUUGCUUGGUAUCUUCAGUUCUCAUCUGGAUUCUUCUUCAAUGGACCAGAGUCCUCAGAAUCAUCAUCAUCGUAGUCGUCGUCGUAGUAAUACUAAUAAUAAUAAUAAACCCAAGAGGCUCUAUCAAGUCUGGAAGGGAAGCAACAGAUUUUUUUGUGGUGGGAGGUUGAUCUUUGGUCCUGAUGUUGCAUCAUUAUUUCUGUCUACUAUCCUGAUUGCUGGCCCUGCAACUGCUUUUUGUAUAAGAAUAUAUCAGAAGAUGGAAGAAGGUCAUGGUUUUUAUCCUUAUCCAGUACUAAUUGUUGGAGCCAUCCUUACUGUUCUGGAUUUGUUAUUUCUUUUCCUGACCUCCAGUAGAGAUCCUGGGAUAGUUCCUAGAAAUAAAAAGCCACCUGAAGCAGAUGAAGCAUCUGAUGCCCCAACCCCAUCUAUGGAAUGGAUCAAUGGUAGGACUCCUCAUCUUAAAUUACCUAGAACGAAAGAUGUGAUUGUAAAUGGCCACAAUGUCAAAGUGAAGUAUUGUGACACUUGUUUGCUUUAUCGUCCUCCCCGUGCUUCUCAUUGCUCUAUCUGCAACAACUGUGUUCAGAGAUUUGAUCACCACUGUCCAUGGGUUGGUCAGUGCAUCGGAAUUCGCAAUUAUCGGUUCUUCUUCAUGUUCAUAUCAACAUCAACCAUCUUGUGCGUUUAUGUCUUUGUGUUUUCUUGGGUUACCAUUUUGUAUCACCAUAAGAACAUUUCGAAGGCUUUGAGGAGAGAGAAAGUGCUAGAUCUUCUCAUAGCUUACUGCUUCAUUGCUGUUUGGUUUGUUGGUGGCCUCUCAGUUUUUCAUUUCUAUUUAAUUUGCACAAACCAGACUACCUAUGAGAACUUCCGGUACCGGUAUGAUAAGAAGGAGAACCCAUAUCACCUGGGGAUUGUAAGAAACUUGAGUGAUGUUUUCUUCUCCAAGAUCCCACCCUCAAAGAACAAUUUCCGAUCAUUUGUGGAAGACGAUGACCAUUCAGUGAUGGGAUCUUUGACACCAAAUCUUGUUGGUGGUAUUGAUGGCUCCAAGGAGAAAAUUGACAUUGAAAUGGGAUCUAUGCAUGCCGAGGACAGUGGUUAUUCACUUCCUGAAAUUCUGAGAAAUUUGGAUCUUGAUGAUCUAGAAGAAAGUUUUAAGGUGAAGGAUGAAGGAGGAAGAUCUGCUUUUGAAUACAUGUCAGUUAACCAGGAUGUGAAAGGUUCAGUUCAAGUUAGCAUUGUUGAAGAUGCAAUGAUAGAAUCUGUGCAAGAUCCAGUCGUUACUGAUGGAGCCAGAGACUCCAAAACAAGCUUCAAUGUUGAUGUAUUGACAGAAUCUGUUCAAAUCUCAACUAGUGGAGAUGACGCUGAUGCACCGAAGAAAUCUGAUGAGCUUUCUAAAUCCAUUUGAAAUACUACACCAACACCAGUUCUGCAAUUAUAGAGUGCAGGUUUUGCUGUGGAACAUCUCUUCCUUGGCUUGAAUAGAUUGAACAGAUGUGAAGGGUGGUCUCUUUUUUGAAGCAAUUUCUCUAUAUUCUGUGGUUUGGGGUAAUAAGCUUUUUGAAUAUAGAGGUUUUAAUUUAUCUUAACAGAUUUGUUUGUACUAGGAAAGUACAGGAACAGUAUCCAACGUUUAAUUCAUGUCUCUGCAAUUUGUAAAUUUGCUUUAGUUGAGUUGUAGAUUUAUAUCUCUUUUGUUUGCAUUUUCUCUGUCAAGAUUCAGAUUUUUUAUUUGUUCUGAUACAUUCAUAUGAUCUCUGUAAUUUUUCCUAAAUAUCGUCGUGUAAUAAACUGGUCGGAUUCAUUUUUAAAAUAUGUAAUGCCUUUCCUUUCCCCCUUUCUGCUGC